AAUCCGGACGGUGAAAUGAAUUAUUCCUGGGCAUUGAAGAUAUUCGGCGUUCGGACGGCCGUAAAAGCUUAUUCCUUUACUUUUUCAGUAAAUGAAUUUGACAUAAAAGAUUCGUUUCUUUAGACCUUCAAAUUCUUCUUCUCCAUUUCCAAAUUCAGAACCAUCUCUUCAUAGCAAAGACUCCUUGAAACUCUCUUGUUAAGCGAGGUCAUGGGGUCCUGGUUCAGCUCAAACAAAUUCAGUAAAGAAGAGUUGGAGGUAGCUCUUAACGAAGUCAAGAAGAUAAUCUCCACUGACCCUGUUGUUGUUUUCAGUAAGACUUAUUGUGGGUUUUGCUCGAGUGUCAAAAAGCUGCUCACACAGCUUGGAGCUAGGUAUAAGGUCAUCGAAUUGAACCAAGAAAGUAAUGGAGAUAAAAUUCAGUCAGCUUUAGCAGAGUGGACUGGCCAAACCACGGUACCUAAUGUGUUUAUUGGAGGAAAGCACAUCGGUGGUUGCGAUGCGGUUACCGAGAAGCAUCACAGAGGUCAGCUAGUGCCACUUCUUACUGAGGCUGGUGCCAUUGCCGGUAACUCUGCUCCGCUGUAGCUUUUGUUCACUGCUUUACAAUCUAGGGAUGAAGCAAAUGUAUGUCGAUGGAUAUGAGGUGUGUACAAAACAGUUGUGAAAAUGGUUUAACGUAGCCUUUUAAGUUACCUAAAAUAAAACGUGGAAGCUGAAGAAAUCUAUGGCUAUGGUUGAAUUCCUGCAUAGAUAAAUAUUUGGAACACAAUGAUGGAUUGUUUCUACUUGGUUCUGCUUGCUUUACGGCUACCACAUUACAGUUAGCUUAACUACAAGCGUUGAUCAAGGGGUUAAAAGAGACAAGUAAUUUGUUUUGGUUCAUGAAUUCGAACUUGUAGUAAUCUAAUUGCUAAGGUUAAGUUUGUCAUUGAAAGAGCAGAGAUAGUGUCAUAAAGAUUUAUUGCACGUUUUGAUUAACUUCAUAUAUGGUUAUAGACUUACUUUCUAAAUGGUUAUAAACAUUCUUUUACACUUAUAAA